AUGGCUCCUUCCUGGCUAACGCACUUGGAGACAUGCCCUGCACACGCCGCCCUGCCCGGGCACAGGCGAUUCAGCCUGGCGCUGGGCGUUUUACAGCAAGCAGCUGUGGCGGCAGCCCCCAGACUCGCCGCAGCCGGGCAGUGCCACCGGCGCACGCGGAAGCGCGGCCGGGCCGGGGCCGGUGGCGGGCAGAUGGCGGAGUGCGGGCCGCAGCCCCCCGGGGGUGGGAGCGCGGCUGCGGGGGCGCCGAGCCGGCAUGAGAAGAGCCUGGGACUGCUGACCACCAAGUUCGUGUCGCUGCUGCAGGAGGCCAAGGACGGCGUGCUCGACCUCAAGCUGGCUGCAGACACCUUGGCCGUGCGGCAGAAGCGGCGGAUCUACGACAUCACCAACGUGCUGGAGGGCAUUGGCCUGAUCGAGAAGAAGUCCAAGAACAGCAUCCAGUGGAAAGGGGUGGGCCCUGGCUGCAACACCCGAGAGAUAGCUCACAAGCUGAUCGAGCUGAAGGCAGACAUCGAGGACCUGGAGCAGCGUGAGCAGGAGCUGGAGCAGCAGAAGAUGUGGGUGCAGCAGAGCAUCCGCAACGUCACCGAGGAUGUGCAGAACAGCAGCUUAGCAUAUGUGACACAUGAGGACAUCUGCAAGUGCUUCACAGGUGACACCCUCCUUGCCAUCCGAGCCCCCUUGGGCACACGUUUGGAGGUGCCCAUCCCUGAGGGCCUCAAUGAGCAGAAGAAGUACCAGAUCCACCUGAAGAGCACCAGUGGCCCCAUUGACGUUCUCUUGGUAAACAAAGACGCUUGCAGCUCUCCUCCUGUGGUGCUCCCUGUCCCUCCCCCUGAGGACCUCAUCCAGUGCCAAGCUGCCACACCCUCCAAGCCACAGAUCCCAGCACCCACCCAGCUGCAGGAGGCUUCAGUUCCCAGCAGCACCCAGCCCUCCACACCAACCCCCACCAGCACUCAGGACCACGGCUGCCCCGAGCAGAAAGCCAGCAGCACAGGAGGCAGUGUGCCAGCAGCAGAGCCCAGGAGCGGUGAGCUGGAGCCCCUGGGCAGCGUGGCAGCAGCCAGCUUGGACACUCAGGCACUGCAGUCCUCUGCCUCCCUGGACAGCAGCUCCAUCCUACCCAGCCCCUCCUCCUCCUUCGAGCCCAUCAAGCCUGACCCCACUGGAAUACUGGAGCUUCCCAAAGAGCUGUCAGAGAUGUUUGAUCCAACCAGAGAAUGUAUGAACUCUGAGCUGCUGGAGGAGCUGAUGUCCUCUGAAGUGUUUGCUCCCUUGCUGCGCCUGUCUCCUCCACCUGGAGACCACGACUACAUCUACAACCUGGACGAGAGUGAGGGUGUCUGUGACCUCUUUGAUGUGCCUGUCCUCAACCUCUGA